UAGACGGGAAUGCGGAUUCCGUCGCGGGUCCGUUGUUUCCUGAAGAUUCUGUAUAAAUAUUGGAUACUAGAACGUCGGCAAGAGGGGUUUGGUCUGAGGGGUUCCUUCUCUAUCCGCAUCCUGACUGUCUGAUCACAACAUUUAAACUCGCCAUUGCAACAUCCCAUUUAAUCUCUUUACCUACCACAACUUCAACAACUUAAAAUCAACUCAACUUUACUUACCAAAGACCUAUCCGUAACCAUGGCUCCUUUCGGCAAGAUCUAUUCCUACCCUAACAACUUCCGCGUUGAGCGGGCCCAAGUUGCAGCCGCCUUCAAUGGCCUCGAGGUCCCGCUAGUCGAGGACUUCAAGAUGGGCGUCGAUAACGCUUCGCCCGAGUUUGUGGCCAAGUUCCCCAUGGGCAAGGUCCCUGCCUUCGAGGGAGCGGACGGAUACUGCGUCGCCGAAGGUGCCGCCAUCGCUACCUACAUUGCCCUCUCGGGACCCAAGAAGGCGCAGCUAAUCGGCGCCGACGCCAAGACCCAAGCAACGAUCUCGCAGUGGGUGUUCUUCUCCGAGAGCGAGCUGGUCGGCAACAUGCUCCCGCCCGCCACCAUGGUCGUCUUCAAGAUGAUGCCGUACAACGAGCAGCUCUAUACCACCUGCGUUGAGCGUGCUGAGCGUGCGCUGAAGCGUGUCAAUGCAGAGCUCGAGGGCAAGAAGUACCUAGUCGGUGACCAGGUCACGCUCGCCGAUAUCCUUGUAUCCGGCGUUCUGUUCUUCGCUUCCAAGUUCUUGAUUGACGCCGAGAUGCGCAAGGAGAUUCCCAAUGUCGUCACAUGGAUGCAGCACCUGGCUACUCUUCCCGAGUUCAAGCCCCUUGGUGAAUUCACCUUGUUGGAGACCCGUGCUAAGCCAUGAAAAAAGCAAUGAUCAUUGACGCAGAAUGUCAACGAUUAAAAAAUGCAUCGAUAUUCGUAGUAGGGUUGUUCGGACGUUGUCAAUGAUGUAAGAGGGGCUAGCAACCAAAAAAAAAGUUUUAAACUUUGGUGAGGACGCAGGAGGAGAACACGCCCUACGCUUUACAUGUCCGUUCGGAGGAAGAGUGGACCAGUCAGCACGAUAACGAUGUCAAAUAACCAACCAAGAUAAAAAUAUACUUAAGCUUACGAGCAAACCUGCCCGUUCCCGCGUAGUACUGUUUG